UCUUACUUCUCAUAAGAAGUAUAUAAUAACAUAGCGCGCGCCUCUUUCUCGGUCUCUGCAGCUUCAGCGAUAGAGGGGGAGAACAAAAAUGGAAGAAACAGCUGAGAUCGAAAGGCUGAGGCCUAUUAGACGUUAUUUCUGUGAUUAUUGUGGAAUUUGCAGAUCUAAGAAGUCUCUUAUCGCUUCUCACAUUCAAACCAACCACAAGGAAGAGUUGGAAAAGGAAAAAGCUCAUGGAGACGAAGAAAUUGAGGGAGUGAAGUCUAAUACUUGCCGAGAAUGUGGUGCUAGUUUCAAAAAGCCUGCGUAUCUGAAACAACAUAUGCAAAGUCAUUCCCUUGUGAGGCCAUAUGUGUGUUCGGUUGAUGAUUGCAAUGCCAGCUACAGAAGGAAGGACCACUUGACUCGCCACCUUCUUAUGCAUGAGGGAAAACUCUUCAAGUGUCCUAUUGAGAAUUGCAACUGUGAAUUUGUUUUCCAAGGCAAUGUUAAAAGGCAUGUUAGAGAACUCCAUAGUGAGAAUUCUCCCCCCGCUAAUGUUGGUCAGAAGCAGUAUGUUUGCCAGGAAACUGGUUGUGGGAAGGUUUUUAAAUAUCCUUCAAGGUUGCAAAAACACAAGGAUUCGCAUGUUGAAUUGGAAUCUGUGGAGGCAUUCUGUGCAGAACUAGGCUGUAUGAAACAUUUUUCCAAUGCUCAAUGCCUUAAGGCCCACAUCCAUUCAUGCCACAGAUACCUGACUUGUGAGAUAUGUGGAACAAAACAACUGAAAAAGAAUUUAAAGAGGCAUCUCCGCGCCCAUGAAGCAGGUGAUCAGCCAGUGGAGAGAAUAAAAUGCCAUUUUGAGGAUUGUUGCCACACAUUUUCUAGUAAAACAAAUCUUAAUCUGCAUAUUAAGGCUGUGCACCUUGAAGACAGACCUUUCGCCUGUGGAUUUCUAGGUUGUGAUAUGAGAUUUGCAUUCAAGCAUGUCAGAGAUAACCAUGAGAAAUCUGGAUGCCAUGUCUUUACUCCUGGUGAUUUUGAAGAGUCUGAUGAGCAAUUCAGGUCGAGGCCACGAGGUGGAAGGAAGAGGAAAUGCCCAACUGUAGAAAUGCUUGUUCGUAAGAGGGUUACUCCGCCAACUGAUUUGGAUGAGUGCCAUGCUUGGUUUCAGUCAGUGGAGAGUCAUGAGCAGUCGUGAGUCAUACUCUUUCAGAUUCAGUGAGUCCAUUAUCAAGAAUUUAUCUCUGUAUAUGAAGUGUAUAGUUGGCUAGUUCUGGUAUAUUUUGCAUUUUGUUACUCUUUGAAAUAGAGGCUAUGGCCCGUUGAACUCUAUGUUCUCUCUCAGAUUUUGUGCGGACAGAGAUAUUUUACUAAAGUGAUGUAGCUUAAAAUUUUAUUGUGUUUCUAAUAAUUAGGAUGGGAGAUUAUUUUUAAUAA